AGCGGGGUAUUUAUUACAGCCCUGCCUCGCCACCCAGGGCUGGCGGACUUUAGCCCUUCUGACACCGAAGGCAGCAGCCGCCCGUCCCCACAGCCUGAAACACACGGAAAGACCCAAAAUAAUGGCAAAAUUUCUGUCGCAGGAUCAAAUUAAUGAGUUCAAGGAAUGCUUCUCCCUGUACGACAAGAAACAGAAAGGCAAGAUCAAAGCCAGCGACCUGAUGGCCGUGAUGCGGUGCCUGGGAGCCAGCCCCACGCCAGGGGAGGUGCAGAGGCACCUUCACCUGCACAAAAUCGAGCGAAAUGCUGAACUGGAUUUCUCCACUUUCCUGAACAUAAUGUACAGGCAAACGAAGCAGGAGGAGCCCGAGAAGGAAAUCUUCACGGCCUUGUCCAUGAUAGACAGGCAGAAGAGAGGGGUCAUCACUGUCUCGGAGCUGAGGGCCAAGCUGACAAACUUGGGAGAAAAACUCUCCGAGGAAGAAGUUGAUGACCUGCUAAAAGAGGCCAAGAUUGGACCAAAUGGAACAAUAAAAUAUGAAGAAUUCGCCCACGCCAUUUGUAUUCCUACAGUCGACUACUGAAAUUCAGGAGAUUUGAUAAGGGCAGGACCUGAAACUUUUUUCAUUUUUUCCUCCUUACUGCUUGGACUCGGAAAUCAUCGUUUGCCUUUAAGGAUCCCCACUCUGCCUUGCGAUUGCACUUGCACAGGUUCCCACCCCAUUUCCAGAGAAGCACUGCAGCGAAGUGUGAGCUGAUAUUUAAAUAAACUGGAUGUAACAUUU